AUGGUUCGCGGGAAGCUGGUUGAUGGUGUGCUGCAGCCCUACGGUGUGCGGAUCAUGACAACGUAUGGGACAGACACGAGCAAGGGAACUGAACACUUGGGACAAGUUGGACGAAUAAGAUGGCUGCGGCUGCGUAUGCAGGCUGGCCGCCCCGAGACGAUCAAAUAUAUGCCUCCCUUUGGUUUAGGGUCGGAGGCAGGGUGCGGGUAG